UCCUGUGACGUCGUGGAGCUGUCGGAAGCUCCUUCACGUGUACUUCCAGCUUUACUUCAGGCCAGUUGUCCUGGCUGUUAGCGGCCAUGGGUCGCUCCCGCCGGACUGGAGCGCACCGGGCGCACUCCCUAGCCCGCCAGAUGAAGGCGAGGCGGCGGAAGCCGGACCUGGAUGAGAUUCACCGCGAGCUGCGGCCUCAGGGUCCCACACGGCCCCUGUCCAACCCGGGCGCUGAACCCGACCCUGACCUGCCAGGGGGCGGCCUACAUCGCUGUCUGGCCUGCGCGAGGUACUUCAUUGAUUCUUCCAACCUGAAGACCCACUUCCGAUCCAAAGACCACAAGAAAAGGCUGAAGCAGUUGAGUGUGGAGCCCUACAGUCAGGAAGAGGCGGAGAGGGCAGCGGGUAUGGGUUCCUAUGUGCCCCCCAAGAGACUUGCAGUGCCGACGGAAGUGUCCACUGAUGUCCCUGAGAUGGACACAUCUACCUGAUGUAGCCCGGGGAUGCAAGGCAGAUGAGCUGCCCAUGGACAGUGAUGCAAGGACUAGGCUAGGAGAGUGUGCCAAUCUCUUUUAGUCUUUGGGUUUGGGGAGUGAAUGGCCUCUUUUGGGUGCCCUUCCCCCAAUAAAGGAACUGGACAAAGAA